AUGGCCCCGUGGUCGGCCAGGAACGUCUCCCUGGCCGGAUGGCCGGAGCCUCCCCCGGCGCCCGGGACGGCGGCCGCCAACGCCAGCGGGCCGGCCGGGGCGCCCUGGGCGGCGGCGGCCGGGACGCUGCUGGCCCUGGCCGUGCUGGCCACGGUGGGCGGCAACCUGCUGGUCAUCGUGGCCAUCGCCCGGACCCCGCGGCUGCAGACCAUGACCAACGUGUUCGUCACCUCGCUGGCGGCCGCCGACCUGGUGGUGGGGCUCCUGGUGGUGCCCCCGGGGGCCACCCUGGCGCUGACGGGCCACUGGCCCCUGGGCGCCACGGGCUGCGAGCUGUGGACCUCGGUGGACGUGCUGUGCGUCACGGCCAGCAUCGAGACCCUCUGCGCCCUGGCCGUGGACCGCUACCUGGCCGUCACGGCCCCGCUGCGCUACGGGGCCCUGGUCACCAAGCGGCGAGCCCGGGCGGCCGUGGGCCUGGUGUGGGCCGUGUCCGCCGCCGUGUCCUUCGCGCCCAUCAUGAGCCAGUGGUGGCGGGCGGGCGCCGACGCCGAGGCCCAGCGCUGCCACGCCAACCCGCGCUGCUGCGCCUUCGCCGCCAACCUGCCCUACGCGCUGCUCUCCUCCUCCGUGUCCUUCUACCUGCCGCUGCUCGUCAUGCUCUUCGUCUACGCGCGCGUCUUCGCCGUGGCCACACGACAGCUGCGCCUGCUGCGCCGGGAGCGGACGCGCUUCCCUCCCGGGCCGCCCGCGGGGACCCCCGACGGGACCGGCUCUCCUCGCUCCGCCCCGGGCUCCUGCCCCGGCUCCGCUCCUGGGUCCGGUCCCGGGUCCGGUCCCGGGUCCGUCGCCCGCCGUCCCGCCCGCCUGCUGCCCCUCCGGGAGCACCGCGCCCUGCGCACCCUCGGGCUCAUCAUGGGCACGUUCACCCUCUGCUGGCUGCCCUUCUUCGUGGCCAACGUGGCCCGUGCCCUCGGGGGGCCCUCGCUCGUGCCCGGCCGGGCCUUCCUCGCCCUCAACUGGCUGGGCUAUGCCAACUCCGCCUUCAACCCGCUCAUCUACUGCCGCAGCGCGGAUUUCCGCAGCGCCUUCCGCCGCCUGCUCUGCCGCUGCCACCGCCGCCUGCGCCCCCCGUCCUGCCCCCCGUCCUGCCCCCCGCCCCUCGACGGGACUAUGGAGACCGCCUUGGCUGCAAGCGGACAGAACCUGCUGUCACUCCGGAAACACGUCGACCUAGACCCCUGGAGCAUUUCCAGAACCCAUCCGGGAUGUGUCCCGGGCCAUGUCAUGCUGCUUCUCAUAGGCUCCUUUCCAGAAGACCUCAUGCAGGAAAUGCAGGAGGGCAAGGCAUCCUGCUGCUUCCACUUUGGUUUCCAAAUUGGCUGCAAAACCUAA